CAAAAAAAUCAAAUCAUUGCCAAAGCACCGCUAGGGAAGGUUGUCGCCGCCGGUGCUCCGAUUAACAUAUAUCGUUCGACGACGUAUAAAAAGGGCGAUGCUUUCCCAUUUCCCGGGUUCUAUUUCUCUCUCUUCAUCUCUCUCCACCGCCCGGCGCUUUCUACCUCUCUGUAUACCACCACCGCCUUCUUUCUCCAUCUCUGCUUCAAGAUCGCCGCUGACCUUCUUGUUUCGCGCCUCCAAUCUCAAGACAUCACGUUUGCGGACAUUCAGCGGGUUUUCCACUUAUUCUCGAGGCAUCCCAAUGGAUUCUGGGUCAGUCAUCGCUAACUCAUCGGUUGAAUCUAUCGCAGAUGACUUGAAAAAUCAGAGCUUGGGUGAUGUUAGGGUAAAAUCGACUCUUGAAGAUCUUAACUGGGAAAAUUCUUUCGUCAGAGAGCUUCCUGCUGACCCGAGUACUGAUAAUAUUCCUCGACAGGUUUUUCGAUCUUGUUACACGAAAGUGUCCCCAUCUGCUGAAGUGGAAGAUCCCAAGCUUGUUGCAUGGUCAGAAUCCGUUGCAGAGUUGCUUGAUUUAGAUCCAAAGGAAUUUGAAAGACCUGAUUUUCCCCUCAUCUUUUCUGGAGCAUCACCUUUAGCAGGAUCAGAACCUUAUGCUCAAUGUUAUGGAGGACAUCAGUUUGGUGUAUGGGCUGGGCAGUUGGGCGAUGGUCGGGCAAUAACACUGGGAGAGGUUCUGAAUUCCAAAUCUAAAAGGUGGGAAUUGCAGCUGAAGGGUGCUGGGAAGACCCCAUAUAGCCGGUUUGCCGAUGGUCUUGCUGUUCUUCGUAGUAGUAUACGUGAAUUUCUCUGUAGUGAAGCAAUGCACCAUUUAGGAAUCCCUACCACCCGGGCAUUGAGCCUUGUCAUGACAGGAAAACUUGUCAGGAGGGACAUGUUUUACGAUGGCAACCCAAAGGACGAACCUGGUGCCAUAGUUUGCAGGGUUGCCCCAUCAUUCUUGCGGUUUGGUUCGUACCAGUUACAUGCCUCAAGGGGGAAAGUUGAUCUCGACAUAGUUCGUGCUUUGGCAGAUUAUACCAUAAGACAUCACUUUCCUCAUAUUGAUAACAUGAGCAAGAGUGAUAGUUUAUCCUUCAGCAUUGGUGAAGAAGAUGGUUCAAUAGUAGACCUUACUUCAAACAAAUAUGCAGCUUGGGCUGUGGAGGUUGCUGAGCGUACUGCUACUUUGGUGUCGAGAUGGCAAGGUGUGGGUUUCACUCAUGGUGUGCUUAACACGGAUAACAUGAGCGUUUUGGGGCUCACUAUUGAUUAUGGCCCUUACGGUUUCUUGGAUGCAUUUGAUCCAAGCUAUACACCGAAUACCACUGACCUUCCAGGAAGAAGAUAUUGUUUUGCAAAUCAGCCUGACAUCGGUUUAUGGAACAUUGCGCAGUUUGCUUCUACUUUGUCAACCGCAAAUCUGUUGAAUGAUAAAGAGGCGAAUUACGUCAUGGAAAGAUAUGGAAUUAAGUUCAUGGACGAUUAUCAAGCAAUCAUGACCAAGAAACUUGGCCUGCCAAAGUACAAUAAGCAGUUAAUUGGCGACCUUCUAAACAAUAUGGCUGUUGACAAAGUUGAUUACACAAACUUUUUCCGGCUACUCUCAAAUAUUAAGGCUGAUCCUAGUAUUCCAGAAGAUGAAUUGUUGAUUCCAUUGAAAGCUGUCUUAUUAGAUAUAGGGAAGUCAAGGAAGGAUGCAUGGACCAAUUGGGUUCAAUCUUACAUUCAUGAGGUCUCUGCUAGUGGUGUUUCGAAUGAGGACAGGAAAGCUUCGAUGAAUGCAGUGAAUCCAAAGUACAUCCUCAGAAAUUACUUAUGUCAGGGUGCUAUAGAUGGUGCAGAGCAAGGGAAUUUCGAGGAGGUUCGCAGGCUGCUGAAAGUGAUGGAACGGCCUUAUGAUGACCAGCCCGGGAUGGAAACAUAUGCACGCCUUCCACCUGCUUGGGCUUAUCGGCCAGGCGUGGGUAUGCUGUCUUGCUCUUCUUAAAGCUUCUUUUUUUUACCCCAGAUCUCACGGUGUCUCUAAAUAUGUAUACUGUAAGGUGCAGUUUGUUAUAACUAUUAUUAUAAUAUGGUAACUUAUGAUGCAGUUAUUGCCCCCUUGUAUCUCAUUGACAUUUUUCGUAAGUACUUUUGGUAUAGUGGAAUGAAUUAUUAGGAAUGA